GGCAGACCAGGCGGCGGCGACGCGGAGAAGGGCGCGGGCGGAGGACGCGAGCAACCGGGCGCACCGACGACCAUGGCCUCCAAGUGUCCCAAGUGUGACAAGACUGUGUACUUUGCUGAGAAGGUGAGCUCCCUGGGCAAGGACUGGCACAAGUUCUGUCUCAAGUGUGAGCGAUGCAGCAAGACACUGACGCCUGGUGGCCACGCUGAGCAUGAUGGGAAACCGUUCUGCCACAAGCCCUGCUAUGCCACACUGUUUGGACCCAAAGGCGUGAACAUUGGAGGUGCCGGCUCCUACAUCUACGAGAAGCCUUCCUCCGAGGGACCGCAGGUCACUGGCCCCAUUGAAGUCCCUGUGGCCCGAACUGAGGAUCGGAAGGCGAGUGGCCCCCCAAAGGGGCCCAGCAAAGCCUCCAGUGUCACCACGUUCACCGGGGAACCCAACAUGUGUCCUCGCUGCAACAAGAGGGUCUACUUUGCUGAGAAGGUGACGUCUCUGGGCAAGGACUGGCACCGGCCAUGCCUGCGCUGUGAGCGCUGCGGGAAGACACUGACUCCGGGUGGGCAUGCAGAGCACGAUGGCCAGCCGUACUGCCACAAGCCUUGCUAUGGCAUACUCUUCGGACCCAAGGGAGUGAAUACUGGAGCCGUGGGCAGCUACAUCUACGACAGGGACCCUGAGGGCAAAGUUCAGCCCUAGGCCCCGGGCACCGCCCCCCACUGGCCCACUGCUUGGCGCUGUGGGGAGAGUGAGCAGCUGCCCAGCCCUGUCCAGCCUCAGCACAUCCUGCCUGGGAGUCCAGGGCCUGCCUGUUGGGGGAGAGGAUGCCACGGGGGCGUCUUCAAAGAGACCAGCCCAUCCCCGUCUCUCUCAGUGUGUCUGCCUUCGUGUCCCAUCACUGUUACGCCCUGUUGUCCAUGGGCCUCCCUGACACCACGUGUCUCCAUGUCUGUGUGUCUGUGGCCCUGCUGGGUCCCUCUCUGAGGUGGCCGCCCACUCCCCCUCUUCUGCUGCCUCACACCUCCCCAGUGUUAUUUAUCUCCCUUUGCUACCCUGGCCACAGCUGGCCACAGCCUCACACACCAGUGUCCCACCGGUGUCCCUGGAUGGGCCCUCUGCCUUCUCACACUGCCCUGCAAGCCCCCGCCCACUGCCCAACCCUUGAGUGGUUCACCAGGUUUUUGCUGUCAGUCAGUAAAGCGUUGCAGGAAGCA